UGUGCUGAGAAAAGAAAAACAAAACGGGCAGCGCGUUAAUUCCUGGCAUGUGGGACUCGCCCUUUGGGCCAGGACAGAACGAACCGCGGUCACUUCGGUUUGGUCAGUGUUAUUCAUGCCUCUCAAAGUGACCACAAGCACCAGGCGGCUUUGAAGAAGCGAGUACACAAACACGAGCUGGCACUGAGCUGAACCUAAGCUAACGACUAUAUUUGAGUCAUUUCUUCCCUUGAAAUGCUUCUGCUCUAAACACACAAGCACCGAGUGUUUGCAUUGGGCUGCAGAGAAAUCUCUCCUAAUGAGGGUUUCCUACUGAACAGCGUCAUAGAUAUCAGAAUAACAUUUACUCUGCACUUAAACCAGGAGUAGUCAGAAACUUUAGUUUUAACAUGCACAAAGUUCAACUUUAGUUAGUCUUAAAUUUUUAAUUCAAAUUAUGCUGGAAUUAUUACACUUGACACAUAAAAACAAACUAAGGAACUGGCCCUUUGGCUCAGAGUUUGAGCCCGUGUGGCUUCAUGCACCAACGUGUAUCCUCCGCCUGUGAAACACCAGCUGCUGCUGCAGAACGCACGGGGCAUCGAGCCACUUCCUGCUGCGCUGAGCGGCCAUGAAAGGAGGCAGUCAUGAGAAGAUGAAAAGAUAGAAGGGUGGAGGUGGAGAGAGAUGAGGUCUCCCUACGAGACCGCUGGGAGGGGUCACGGUGGGAUGCGAGCAGGAGCGAGGUCUGAAGACGAGGAGUAGGAGGACGCAGGGAAACUCCCUCCUGCAACUUUGAUGCAGGAGAAUUGCACUCGGCGCCGCUCAGCUCCACAGACUGAGGAGGAAUCCUCUCGGCUCUCGCAGGGAUCACGACCAGAAAACUAUUUCCUGGACUUAUUGUUCCUGUAAAUUGGAUUAGGAAAGACAUCUGGGACCCCAGAGACGAGUGGGUGUGGGCAGCUGAAUGAGACGACUGAUAAGAGCUUCCAGCAGCGAUCGCUCCACACACUCGCGUCUUCCUUCAUCAACGUCGACUCUGCAGAAGAGCAACCUCCAGACCAGUGGUUCAGCACCUGCUCAUCUCACGCUCCUUCAUCCUCCGGCAAGUCCUCCACAGCGUCGGCCCCGAGUCGGAGCGAAUGAACUCUGUGCUGCUGUGAAGCAAGAAAAGGAAUCUGGGUAAAGAAGCAGGAACAUGGCCUCCAGCAGCGCCUCCAGCAGCGCCUCCGCACCCCGUCCCCUCCUCCACCUCCGCACCCUGCUCCUCCUGCUCGCCCUCUCCCUGUGGAGCCAGCAGGCCGAGGCCGUGGUCCACUCCAGCUUCAAGCGGCUCAGCGGCCGCGAGAAGAAGGAGAUGCAGAAGGAGAUCCUGUCCAUCCUGGGGCUCCCGGGGCGGCCCAGACCCCACCCGCCGCUGCGCCCGCCCUCCUCGGCGCCGCUCUUCAUGCUGGACCUGUACCACGCCAUGUCUGCCGACGGCGAGGACGAGGGCAACGACAUCAUCGUGACCGGCGCGGGCCGCUUCGGCGGCGCCGAGAGGCUGAGCCAGGUGAGCCACGCGGCGCGGCCGACGCUCAGCACGCACACGCCGCCUCUGGGAACGGUGGUGAGCGAAGCCGACACCGUGAUGAGCUUCGUCAACCUGGUGGAGCAGGAGCGUGACCUCCUGCAGCCGCGUCCCUACUGGAAGGAGUUCCGUUUCGACCUGACCCCCCUCCCUCAGGGCGAGACGGUGACGGCGGCAGAGUUCCGUAUCUAUAAGACGCUGACCAUCGGCCAGAGGGCGAACCGGACCCUGCACAUCUCCGUCUACGAGAUCAAACGGGACAACAGACACAGAGAAGGAACCGAGCUGGUGCUGCUGGACAUGCAGUCGGUGCCGGCUGGACAGGAGGGCUGGCUGGCCUUCGACGUCACCACGGCCUCCAACCACUGGCUGCUCCACCCGCGCAGCAACCUGGGCAUACGCCUCUACGUGGAGACAGAGGAAGGUGGGUCAGAGACGGCGCCGCCGUCACGUGUGUCUGCUCAGCUCACGGCUGUUCUGCCUCCAGAUCGCUCUCUGUCUGCGGGCUGGAUCGGCCUGGUGGGCCGCAGGGGCCCGCGCUCCAAGCAGCCCUUCAUGGUGACCUUCUUCAGGGAGAGUCAGGUGCCGUGUCGGCCGCCGCGGGCGGUCAGGCACAACCAGCGCAGGAAGAAGACCAAAUACGACCUCCCCCUGCCCAACAUCCACAACCAGACGCCUGCUAACAACGGAGGACAACCGUGUAAAAAGCAUGAGCUCUACGUCAGCUUCAGUGACCUGGGAUGGAAGGACUGGGUUUUGGCUCCCACCGGAUACUCAGCCUACUACUGUGAUGGAGAGUGUUUUUACCCUCUGAGCUCCUGCAUGAACGCAACCAACCACGCUCUCAUCCAGCAGGUGGUUCACCUCCUGAAGCCUGAGGAGGUCCCUAAGGCGUGCUGCGCCCCCACCAAGCUCAGCCCCAUCUCCGUGCUCUUCUACGACGACAACAACAACGUCAUCCUCAAAAAGCAUCGGAACAUGGUGGUUAAGACCUGUGGCUGCCUUUGAGCGCCAGGAAGGUUCCACCGAGUGGCCUGGACGCUUUGAACCUCUAAGAUUAGGACGAUUGGCUUCUAUUCAACAAAAGCACCAAGGGCAGGUUCAGCGGGGCACAAUUAAGCUACACGUCAUACUGUGGAUACAUGCAAUGCAAAAGCAUCUGCAGACUGGUGACAUUAAAUACACUGUUCAAUUUAUUGAAAAGGAUAAAAAAGAAACAAUACAAUCAAAUUAGUUUGGUGCCUGAACAUAAGAACUGAAAAGGAUUAAUUAUUUAAAAUUUUCCAUCCUUGAGUUACUUCAGUCAAACUAGAGCAGAAAUCAUUAAUUAGCACAGCACAAUUCUGUGUGUGUGUGUGUGCGUGUGUGUGUGUGUGUUAGUCAGGUUUAACAUAAAAAAGCUCUGCCUUGCCCUGGUCAAACUGAGGCAAAGCUCAUGUUACUGCCCAGGCCAACUGAGGAAACCUGUCCGGGACAAGAGGAAGCUGAGGAAUGUGGAUAAAAUAAGAGCUUCUGAGACUUGCUGUGUGGUUUAUCGUGAGGUACUGUUGUAAAGUGUGGAGCAGCAGCACAGAGGAGGCAAAGCCGUAGAGUUGGUCUCCUUCUGGACAACAACCGUGACUCUCCAUCAAUAUUACAGGACUUCUUGUUUUGAAAGGCCAGUGGUUUGAUGCGGGGCUACGUCCUGCACACACCCUCUGUUUACGGUUGGAGUCAAAGGUUUAACCCAACAGCAGUGCCACAUCCUGACAGAUGAGCGAUGAAGCCUAUAGUGGGGUUUUGAAUGUGCCGUAUUCCUCUUGGGAUGACAGGUAGCUGGUCGCACGUGCCAUAUUUGUAUUUACUUCCCACUUGCAGAUAUUUCUGACUUAUUAACGGUCCCCAUCAUAAAUUACAAGCGUUUUAUUCAGUGUUAGCAUCUUGCUGGUUCUGAAACUCUCCCUCUCAAAUGGAAAAGCAAGGUAGUCGUAUACAAUAAAUAUAAAAACUGAGGCUGCUGGUGUACUACUGCUCCAUUGUUAUAGUUUUCUUUUAACAAACAUACAUGUACAUACAGAGCCUCCCCUCCCUUCUUCCAACCCGGUGUCCAUACUGGUGAAUACUGACGAGUCCCAGUAUUCUUCUUCAACAUACUUCAAUGUUUAAUCCAAGGUCGUCGUUUAUCUGUAAGCAACAGUUUGUUUUUCUUAGUGUUAGGGUUACACUUUGAAAAUGGUAACCAGUCAUUUUGCUUAGUUUUGUUUACGUGGUUACUUGGACACGUACCGAUUCUGGUCCAGUCCCAUGAGCAGUCAUUUAUGCCUGAACAUCUGCCAACUCUGGAGGCAUAGGAGACUUGGGGUGUUUGCUCUCAAAGUGCUGUUUGAAGGUCUUAGGAUCAGGCAUUUGCGUCUGAAAGUUAAAGGGAGGUCCAAGCCUUUAAAACAGCUGCUUGAUAGUGCUUGAUAGCAAACCAGACCUCAGCAAAAAUAAAAUGUGGAGAGAUUGUACUCACCCGACAGACGGGGCAGGUGUGGACCAGAGCGGCCUUAGCUGCGGUCUUCUGGUCAGCACCCUGGGACUUCUUCUUCUCCGCCGCCUUCUUGGCGUUCUUUUGCUGGGACUGAAUCUUCUGCUGCCCUCGAGCCAUGGCCCUCAGCUUCGACCUGCAUGAAGAAAUAGGAAAUGUUGUUCCUGGACUUCUACUGUACAAGCUGAAAUAAGAACUAGAAAAUACAUUUUAAAUAAAGAAUUAACCGGUUUGAAGUUUGGUUGCUUGUAAUCCAAUGUUGAGUGGAUUACUAAUCCUUACUUCACUUCAGGCCAAGAUAGUGUAAGUGGGGGGUGCAUGGCGGAGAUGAGAGAUGUUCUACAUCUUUGCUGUCAUCUCUUUCUGCAGUUUGUCAUUAAGGCUGACAUUACUAAAAAUCACAUCCAACCUGGUUUAAUUGUGGAUAUUGUUAAUGGACUCACAGGUGUUAAUAAAGGUUUAUUCUGAGUAUAA